AUGCGUUUUCGUAUUUCCAAAGAACACGAGGCCUUGACCUUUGCUGGUUCGCCCCUGCGAGCUUGGGCUGAGCGCGUCGACCGUGUCCAUGACAACGUCCUAUUCAUCACCCUUAUUCGCCCUAAAUUUAUAGAAUGUAUUUCUAUAGGCUUACGUCUCCUGCCUGGCUUCCUUCUUCUGCCCUUGCAGCGUCAGCUGCCACCACAAUAUUACCUCCCUGGACGUCUUGUUCUCAAGACUCGCAAACCUGGCUGGGAUGAUGAGUUUGUUAAUGAAAAGGUCAUGUAUAAAAGACUUGAGCCGCUACAGGGCCGCAUUAUUCCCUGCUUCCUAGGGGAUGCAGAGUUUAAUAAUACACCCUCGAUUGUGCUAUCACGUUUUGAGGGUGUGCCCUCUAAUAAGCAAGGGCUAACUGCACUGCCGGCUGAGGAUUUCAAGCAACAGCUUGAGCCUAUCCUUCGGGCUUUUACUGACUAUGGGGUUAUUUAUGAUGACCCAAAGCUAGAUAACUUUCUAGUGGUCAAGGGCAAGGUCAAGGUAGUUGACCUGGAGAGCGUGUGCGAGGAAACUGAGGAGGACCGGGAGUACUCUGUCUAUACCCAUUGCAUACAUAUUAUGACACAAUACUCUAGAUACUUGGCAAGUCUAUCUGAUCCUAAUAGUUGGUUCUAA